AAUUUUAUUUAAAUAAAUUUUAUAUUAAUUUUUAUCACAUUUACAAAAAUCCCCUCCAAUGGAAGAAGUACCGGUAAAUGAAGCCUUGACAUAUCCCGAACAUGUAAACAGCAUUAGUGUACCUAAUGACACCGCCUUAAAACGAGCAUACGGCAUUUAUAAGCCCUCCCCACAGACAAUACAACUUCUAAGCGAACAGGGACGUUCAGUAUAUGCAGAGGCCUUUAUAGAAAAUACAAAUUUAGGAACUUUAUCGGAUUUGUGUGUACGUGUCUUGGCGUGCUCCUUUGGCCCACAGCCCUUGCCUAUAGUAGCCAGCAAUCCAUGCCUAUUACAAGUACAUUAUGAUGCUUUAGAUGUUGAUUUACCUUUGGAAAAAUGCUAUCAUUUAACAGAUGAUCGUUUUUGGAAGAGAGUGGUGUUGGCCAAGCAUCACGAUAAAACAUUAGCUGUUAAAAAUAAUGUCAAUUGGAAAGAUCUAGGUGUAUCCUUAAAGUACGUUGAAUUGGUGGAAUCAUGUCCAGCAGAAUAUUGGCCCGAAGAGGAAAUGAAGGAUUUGGCAUUAAAAAUUAAAGAUUUUGUAAGCGAAAUUCAUAUAAAACGUUUGCAAUCCUUGAAAGAACGUUCAUUUGCAAAGUACUUUAACUCGGAAUCAGAGUCAGCCUCAGAGGAAGAAGUAGAUGGAGAAGACAGUAGCGAAUCCUUGCUAAGCAUCUCUAGUGAAGAAAUAAUAGAAACAACUGCAGUAGAACAAGAAGACACAACUGACUCCCAAUUAGGGCUUAAAAAGGAAAUGAUCAACAAGAAAGCUGAUAUGAAGAGAGAACGUCAGGAAUUAAGAGAAUUGAAACGAAAAAAGCGAGAAGCUAAAGACGCCAAACGUAAAGAACGCGAAGAGGCCAGAAGAGCUACUAAAGAACAACCACCACCAAAAAAGUCUAGCAAAAAAAUUCCCGACAAUGUUUUCGAAAUUGAAUUAUCCGAAAGUUCAGAUGAUGGCGAAGAUCGUAUCAUAGAUAAGCGAAAUAAAGCUUUACUUUUAAAGCAUAUUAAAAAGUACAAUUAUCCAGCCAAGGAUUGUCACCAUAUAGACUUAGGAUUUGUGCAAUAUUUUACAAAUUUACAAUUAUUUGUCAUUGAAUUUUGGGGACCUAUACAAAAUCGUAAUUAUCAUAUAAGACAUAGGAAUUUCUCGUUUGAUGAUAUUAAGCGUUUAGCAGGCGGUCUAAGUCACUUGUCCAAACUGCAUACCUUCCGUUUACGCAAUAGUCGCAUGGAUGCCGAAAAGCUUUCAACACUUUGUCGGUCGCUGGGCUUUUUGCCAAAUUUAGAAACUUUAGAUUUUGGUUUUGAUAAUUUAGGUGAUGAUUGUGCUUCUGCAUUCGAAGAACUUUUUCAAACAACUAAAACACUUUGCAAUUUGGAAUUGGAAUCGAAUUGCUUGGGUGAACAGGUUUUAAGUCAAAUUGGUAAAUCAUUAAAAAAUUACAAAGCUAAAGACAUAACGUAUUUGGGCUUGGCACGCAAUCCUAUAACAGAUAAAGCUUUACAUGCUUUUGUUUCUGAGAUUAUCGGUACUAGUCACAUAUUGGAGCUAAAUAUCAGAGGAGCGAAAUUUAUCAGCGAUUUGGGCUUAUGUUGUUGUCUAGCGAAUGAGUUGCUAGGUCAACAUGCAGCAUUAACUAAACUGGACAUUUGCGCCAUAAAAAUUUCUCCUUUAGCUGCAAAUGAAUUGAUCAAGAGUUUAACAAUGAAUAAAAAAUUGUUGGAUUUUUAUUGUGUCGGCUGUGAUUUAGAUGAGGAAUCGGAAAUAGAUAUAAACGUUUUACUGCAGCGGAACAAAUAUAUUGCAGAAAAUUAUUAUUUGGGAGAUUCGACGAUAACGACUGAGGAGAUUGAAAAGUGGAUAAAUAGAACAAGAAAUCCCAUCCUCUUAAAAGUUUUAGCUGAAAGAGAAAAUCAACGUGAAUGUUUGGAAAAACGUUCUUUAGAAUAUAUACCAACAUCAGUUUCCCGCGCUUUAGCAAUCACACCACAAACAUCUUCAGAUCUAAUACCGAAAAUGUAUGAGGGACAUUUAAAAGAAAAUUCCAGUAUCGAAACAUCCGUUACCUCCGGCCAAGUAACACAACGUUUUCAUUAUCCAGCCAAUGAAUUUAAUGAAGAAGAAUUUUUACAGCAUGUUUCACAACCAGGUCCCAAAGAACGUUAUUAUUACUUUAAAAUGUGUAAAGAGAAAUUUGCCGUAAAGGAUAAUGUAAAAAAUAUAUCAAUGAUUUGAAUAACAAAUUAUUAUGUAUUAAUCGAAUAAUAGCUAUAAAAUUCGUAUAAUCAAUAGUAAAUGAAAUUUCUAUAGUAACUUAUUUGUUGUUGUUCAUGGGUUGUCCUAUGUACGUAUGUGCUAUUUUAUUAUGUUUUCUAUAUUUUAAAACAAAUUUUUAUAGUAAAACGAAAUUAUACUUAAAAUAUUUUUGUAUUUUUCUUAUAUGUGUUGUGAUAAAAAAAGAAGAAAUUUUAUUUAAUAAAAAUAAUAAGAAAUUGUCAAUUUAUUUUGUUAAUUAUAAAACUUUAACUUGUAAUUUAUUUCACUAUUUUGGAGAACAAAUCCUUGCAAGAAAUUAUAAAAAGUCGGGAAUUAUUACAUAAAUUUUGUAUAUAUUUUUUGAGUGAUUUUGUGGUUUUAUUUUAAUAUUGAGAAAAGUUUUGAUUAAAAUUGUGAAAUAAUGCAUUCUGCGGCAAAAAAGAAAAGUGAUGUCAGCAACAUGCGUAGUGUUUCUGGAGCUGCGGGUGAUAAAGUGUCCAGAAUUAAAGGA